AUGGCUCCCAAGAUAUUCUCGCAACUCACAUCGUCGACGCACGGCGGUCGGUCGUUUUACGAACAGCUGCGAGCCUUCGACGACGACGACAUCGAGGCCGGGGCUCGCGGUGACAACGCCAGCCGGGCGAGGAUGGAGCCUCCCAACCCGCAUCCUCCACCGACGUCGGCGCCCUUUACAUCUCUGCUCAACACGGGGAGGACCUUUGAUCGCAAGAACGCUGCCCUGUGGAGAUGGGUGAACAUUACGAACCUCGAUAGUUUCAUGAGGGAUGUCUACGACUACUACGAAGGCGGUGGGAUGUGGUGUAUUAUGUGUUCAAAUGCCCUGUGGCUCUUGGAAACUUUGUUCGUGGCUAUCCUGUUGACCUUUCUGACCCAGUGUGUCGAAUACUCCAAGGUGCCGCAUAGCCACGCAUUGAAAGACGUCAUCGUGCCCCGAUGCACCCAGAGGAUGUCGAGCCUCUGGAGCUUUGGCAUCUGGCUCUACUCGUUCUUCUUCAUCUGGAAGUCUGUGCAGUACUUCUUUGAGAUCCGCCGCCUGCACUUUAUUCGCGAGUUCUUCAUCGUUCUUCUUGAGAUUCCGGAACAGGAUAUGCAGACGAUUUCAUGGCAGGAUGUCGUAGCUAGGAUCAUGGCUCUGCGAGAUCAGAACCCCAGAACGGCAACCGAUAUACCGCAGAACCUACGACGCUUCAUCGGCAGCCAAUCCAAGGAGCGGCUCGACGCUCACGACAUUGCCAACCGGCUGAUGCGCAAGGAGAACUACCUCAUCGCCAUGAUCAACAAGGAUAUUCUCGACCUGUCGCUCCCAUUUCCCUUCCUCCGCGGUCGUCAAUUGUUUUCAAAGACCAUGGAAUGGUAUCUCCAUUACUGUAUCCUUGAUAUGGCAUUUAACGAACUGGGCCAAGUGCAGCAAGACUUCCUGCGCGCCGAGCGGAGGGGCAUCCUGAGCCAGAAACUGAAGCAGCGAUUCUACUUUGCUGGGUUGCUGAACCUCUUGUUUGCGCCCAUUGUGCUUGCAUACGUGAUCAUUGUCUACUUUUUCACUUACUACAAUGAGUAUCAAAAGGACCCAAAGCUCGCGGCAACACGCAAGUACACUUCUCUUGCUGAGUGGAAGUUCCGCGAGUUCAACGAGCUGCCUCACAUCUUUUACGAACGACUCCAUAUGUCGUUUCCGUUUGCAACCCGAUACAUCGACCAGUUUCCCAAGCGCAUGACGGAAGAGAUUGCGAGAAGUAUCUCCUUCAUGUCCGGCGCACUCACUGCCAUCCUGGCAGUCUGCACUCUCCUGGACUCUGAACUGUUCCUGUCGUUUGAAAUCACUCAAGAUAGGACUGCCUUGUUCUAUCUGGGAAUCUUUGGAGGCAUCUGGGCCAUCACCAGGGGAAUGGUGUCUGAAGAGGCGUCGGUGUUCAAUCCCGAGUAUGCGCUGAGGAACGUCAUCGAGUAUACCCAUUACAUGCCUGAUCACUGGCAGGGAAGGCUGCACAGCUUUGAAGUCAAGCAGGAGUUUUCGGAGCUGUACAAGAUGAAAGUAGUCAUCUUCCUGGAAGAAGUUUUGGGCAUCAUCACCACUCCCUUGCUGCUCCUGCUAUCGCUGCCGAAGUGCAGUGACCAGAUCGUGGACUUUUUCCGAGAGUUUACGGUGCAUGUGGAUGGGUUGGGCUACGUCUGCUCGUUUGCCGUAUUCGACUUCAAGAAGGGGCCAGGGCAAGGCGUGGAUCGACGAGGGGCGACAAACGACGUCCGCGAGGAUUAUUACUCGACAAAACACGGCAAGAUGGCAGCGUCCUAUUAUGGAUUCCUCGACAACUACGUUAUCAACCCGAAGACGGGCAUCCCGGGGCACUUGCCGCCGGGAGCGCAUCAGCCAUUCCAUCCUCCGCCUGCGUUUCCGAACCUGAACUCGCCCACUCUCGCAGCUGACAUGCAGACCUCUCAAGUAGGGAUUGCAGAAACAGGUAGAAACAGGAGCCGCACAGCAGGUUUGGGGCCAUUACCUAGAGGCGGGCACAGCAUCACACAGCCAUCACCCAUGGCGUCCAUGCUGCUGGAUGCCCGUCACCAACCGUCCAUCACAAGCGUGGCCGGUCGAGGACCGUAUAAGCCGCGUCCGUCUAGGGGAGCCCAUCGUGCCGACGUUCAGAUUCCUGAAGAGCCCUUUGAGACAGACGCAAGUGUUACAGGGGCAGGAGGUGACAGCACCGAGGCCGGAGCUAUGCUCGGGGAAUCCAUGUGGCAAACAUCGCCAGGCAGGAACCUCAGCAAGGAAAACAGCAUGGCCAAUUCCAAUGAGCCAGAGGGUGGUGUUCUCGGGCUCAUCAACCAGUUUCGGCAGACGCAUCACCGUCGUGGGGGAGGAGUCUUUUGA